GUGGACUCUCCAGCUAGGCUUUGUGGGUAAAGUGCGUUCAGGGUAUCCGCCCAUAUUUCGCCAAAGAGGAGGCCAGAAAACUCAGCAGCGAGACCGGACGCUGGGACAAAUGGAAAGUUCAAUCUAUUGAUUUGUUGACUUAGUUCGGCGCAUUGUGGUUCGAGGCAGACAGCUUUGAUGCGGGCCUUUAGUAGCGGAGCGGGAAAUGCAGACAUCAUCGUGUGAGGCGAGAGGAAGAUCAGCUUGACUCGUUUCAGACGCGGAACUGCAUUCGUUUAAAGGUUAAUCAUGACAGAAUAUAAGCUGGUUGUGGUGGGAGCUGGUGGCGUUGGCAAGAGCGCACUUACAAUUCAACUUAUCCAGAACCACUUUGUGGACGAAUAUGACCCCACCAUUGAGGACUCGUACAGAAAACAAGUGGUGAUAGAUGGAGAGACAUGUCUGCUGGACAUCCUGGACACUGCAGGUCAGGAGGAGUACAGCGCUAUGAGAGAUCAGUAUAUGAGAACAGGGGAGGGAUUCCUCUGUGUUUUUGCCAUCAACAACACCAAGUCCUUUGAGGACAUUCACAACUACAGAGAACAGAUAAAGCGGGUGAAAGACUCUGAGGAUGUCCCCAUGGUGCUGGUGGGUAACAAGUGUGACCUCCCGUCCCGAACAGUGGACACCAAACAGGCUCAGGACUUAGCACGUAGCUAUGGCAUUCCCUUCAUUGAGACAUCAGCCAAAACCAGACAGAGAGUGGAAGAUGCCUUUUACACCCUGGUACGGGUGAUCAGGCAGUACCGCCUCAAUAAGCUCUGCAAGGAGGAAAAGACGCCACGCUGUGUCAAGCUUAAAAAGUGUGUUGUGAUGUGAAAGGGGGAGUGGACGAUGCCUUUUACACGUUAGUUCGAGAAAUCCGCAAGCAUAAGGAGAAGAUGAGCAAGGAGGGCAAAAAAAAGAAAAAGAAGUCCAAGACAAAGUGUACACUCCUGUGAAAAAUCAGUCCUUAUCCAGACAGACUUAAAAAAAAAAGAAACUAUGUUGAACAGAUCAAGUAAAAGAUUUUGUACAUUACACUAAAUUAUUAGCUUUUUUCUCAACACCCUCUGUAACCAAUACUUAACUCGACCCACUUUGUCUGCCUUCUUAUUUGCUACUUGGACAACAAUAAGCUUUAUUUUCUGUGCCAGUUGCUCACAUGCAUUUUGGUUUGUUCCGAUUUUGUUGGGUGGUGAUUUUUUUUUUCUUCUUCCCCAAGUUGUUUGCAAUCUACAUCACAACUCCCGGACACUUAGUUCUGUGAAGGUCCUUUGGCUACAGGUUACAUCAUGGCCUGGGAUGCCAAAGAAAAAGUACUCAUCUAGUGUAAAUUACUCUCCAAGGAGAAAUGUUUAUGUAUGCAUGGCAUCCUUUAACUGUUUUUAACAACUUUAAAUAGCUAUUCAUUCAUUCAUUUGUCAUUUCUUUGUAUGGUGUGGGGAGCGAUCACAUCGCCUUCUUUAAGUUCUUGUUUUUGUGGCGACAUGCAUGGUGUCCUGUGUGUGUGUUCAUCAGCUGCCUUGUUGAUGAGGCGUGCAGCGACAGUCCAGUUGAUCGGGUCUUCAGUAAUUCACCUUUGCCUUGUGAGAGCCAAACCUGCCAUUGUUAGUAAGACUAAGGCACAUCCACACAAGAACACAGCCCUUCCUUUAUACUUAAAUGCUCUUCUCACAACACGUCAACAGAUUUGUCUGAUAGAGAUUAUUUUUAGGGUCGAAUUCCUUCAUCUGUUGCAAUGAUGUAGAAAACUGCCUUUUGGUGUCGAAACGAUUCAGCAGAAUAAUUGACAGUUAUUGUUAUGAGGCACAAUUUUGAUUGAUUCAUUUGAUUGGGUGAUGUACAUUAAUUAUCAAACUGUACUUUUUUUUUCUUUCUUAUCAAUAGAGAACGGUUUUAAAUACACUACACUUUCCUAUUCAAGUGUUUUUGCUGGUGAAGUGUGAGUUGUGAACACCAGGGGUCGCCCUCGACAAGAUUUUGAAGAGACGUUUCCUUUACCGAUCCUGUGUUUUAGAACGUUUUAAUUCCCAUCCCUAAUGCGUGCCAACAGUUGAUUUCCCCCGAAUCACUUAAACCGUGAUCCUACUUUAACACAUUUUGUAUAGUUGUCGUACUGAAAGGUGCAUAUUUUGUAGGUUGUGCUUCAUUUCAUUAAUGUGUGUUGCAGAAUGUUUCUCAAAUGGAGUGUUCCUAUUGCGUGUGCCUGACUGCGUGCGUGUGCGUGCGUGCGUGUGUGUGUGUGUGUGUUUUCAAGGGUUAGGGACGUGAAUGAAAGGCCACUUUGCAAUAUGUUCAGUCGUGAUCUGAUCUUAAUUGCAUCUUUUUGUCUUUUUUCUUUUUGCCAAGAAUCCCACCACUCCUAUUUAAUGUGUAUUAAAGAACAUAAAAAGGAA